UUUAUUUAUUUUUUUAUAUGUUAACGAUGUCAGGAGUGAUACGGUCCGUCGAGAGAUCAGUUCUACCUUGACCAAUAUUGCCAGCAGUGAUUUUUCAUCUCGACGAGAGGAAAACUAAAGAAUUCCCAGUCUCGAGAGGGAUCCUCGCCAGUUUCAGUUUUAAUUUAUUUUCAGUUUUGUAUUUUUAAAUCUAUCCUUUGUCCAAAGAAUGGAAGGCAACAAAGACGAGGCGUUCCGUUGUAUUGAAUUGGCCGAGGAGUACAUUUUAGCUGGGAGAAGGGACAAGGCCGAGAAAUUCCUGCUUAAGAGCGAGAAACUCUAUUCGACUCAAAAAGCCAAAGAUUUGUUGGAAAGCCUGCGCAAGUUCAACAAACACGCGACUAAUCCGACUCCAAAAGCUGAAGCGACAACGACUCAACCUUCACAUUCCAAUAAUAUGAAAAAAGAAAGAAUCCCUAAAGAAGCGGAGUAUACCUCUGAACAAUUGGAAGCUGUUAAAAGGGUAAAAAAAUGUAAAGACUAUUAUGAAAUUUUGGGAGUUACAAAAGAAGCCACAGACAGCGAUAUUAAAAAGGCCUACAAAAAGCUGGCUCUACAUCUCCAUCCUGAUAAAAACCGCGCCCCAGGAGCUGCAGAAGCAUUUAAAGCAAUUGGAAAUGCUGUUGCCAUUCUCACUGAUGCUGAGAAAAGAAAGCAGUACGACAUGUUCGGUUCUGAUGAAGAGAGAAUUCGUCAUACACACACACAUACCGAAAGUUACACUAGAGGAUUUGAAUCCGAUGUUACGGCUGAAGAAUUGUUCAACAUGUUCUUUGGUGGUGCUUUUCCCAGUUCAGCUAAUAUUUAUGUCAGGAGGGGGAAUCAGUGGAGGAAAGCUGAUCAGCAUACUCAACCAUCACAUAGAGAGACAACAAACUACAGCGUUUUAAUGCAGAUGUUGCCAGUCUUAAUACUCAUAGCUUUAUCAAUGAUGAGCUCCCUACUCGUCUCUGAUCCUGUUUACAGCCUAACUCAGACGAGUAAAUUUCCAGUUGUUAGGAUGACAAAGGAUUUGCGAAUUCAUUACUACGUUAAAGAAAAUUUCCAUACAACCUAUCAAGGUAAUAUAAGAAAAUUAGAAGCGUCAGUUGAAGAAGAAUACGUUGCAAACCUCCGAAACUCGUGUUACAGAGAAAAGACAUACCGUGAGUCUAUGCUCUGGCGGGCCAAGAACUUUGGAGACUCUUUGCUUUUCCAAAAGGCACAAGAGAUCAAAACACCUUCUUGUGAUACUUUACACGAACUGAAUGGAUUAAGAGGGGGUUAAUUAAAUUAUUUAAGGAAACAUACAUAUAUAUAAAAUCCUUUAAUAAACUGGUGAAGUUCAUUUUCAAUUCAAGCUUAUGCUACAAUAUGGUAUCAUCCCACGUAAUGGGAUUUCAUGAGUGAAAAGUUACCAUUGAAAAUAUUCUUUAAAAAAGAAGAACACAAUUUUCAAGCUGUUCAAUAUUCACAAGAAAUUAUUUGUUUAAUAUUUAUUUUAUUUAUUUUUAAAAUUUGUUGGUUUAGCAUAUUGUUGUAUGUUACUGUGAUAGUCAUAGUUGCGUUUAUGAUAUUUUAAAUAGAGUUAAAUAAGAAAAAGAUACAACCACUUUUUUUUUGUAAAUAACUGAUUUCUUCUCACAGAAAAUUGGUUAUUUGGUGCACUGUUGGAAUCUUACACAAUAUAUUAAAUAUUUGUAAACCCACUUUAAUACGAUUUUUUUCCUCUUAAUAUGGAAACUCAAGAAAGAUCUGCGUCCUGUUUGCUCAGACAAAACACACGCUAAAAAAUGUUUCUGACUUGAUCUCACUUAUACAGAACAAAUUAUAUAAUCUAAAAGUUAAAAAGUUCCAUUAUAUCCACAUUAUUAACUAUUUUGUGCUGUGUAAAAUAAACAAUUUAAUACUGUUAGAAUAUUUUAAACAGUCAGGCUAAAAGCAAUAAAUAUAAAUCGUUAAAAUUAGGCGCUGUUGGAAUAUGGUGUAUCAAUCACCAAAAUAUUAUUUAUUGUUAUAUAAUUUAGCCAAAUAAAACAUAAGAAAUAUAUUAUGAAAUAAUCUCUAUACAAAGUUUUAAAUACACAAUUUAAUUGAAAAAAUCAAACUAAUAGCAAUUGUAAUAAAUUUUUGAGAUUUGUAUAAGCAUAAAAUUGUUGCCAGGAGGCAUUAAUAAUUUUGAAAAAUGUUUUGAUACAAUUAUAUUGCUAUUUUUAAAUUAAUAAUAAAAGAAGUUUGAUCAAAUAUCAAUCAGAUUUGAACAAAACCUUGCCAUUGUCAUGAAUUCACAAAUGAUACAUUGUGAAUCGAAUAAAAUGGAACAAUGAUUAGAAAAUCUGAAAAUGCAAUAGAAUUUUGUCAAUGUAGGCACUGGCAAGGUGAAAACUGAAACUAGUUUUUAUUUUACAAUGACUUGAUUUCUCUUAUUAAAAAGUGAAGGAUUAUGUACAAAAUGUAUUAUUCACAUCAAACAAAAUAAUAUAUCACAUAAAUUUUGAUUAAAAAAAAGAAAAAGAGUUUGAGGUAAAUUUAGAAAGUAUAAGUAUUGUGACAUUAGAAAUCUGUAAAAAAAGAACAAAUAAAUAGUGUCUGCAAUAAACUUUAUUAAAAAAAUAUUUUU